AUGACAUUUCAUAUCACACCAAAUUGGUAUCCAUCACUUCAUGACAUCAAACCAAACCCCAACUCUCCACUCACCAACACUCUAUCCCCACCUAAAGUCUUCAUCGGUCCACUCACCCCCAAAGAAAUAAACUACCAGCACAUUCGCAGUAUGCUCCAAUACACGCAAAGCGCCAAGAAAAAAACUACGGAUGACAAAGAGAAAAUCACUAAAGAUCUUGAAAUCGCAUUAAUGAGGCUGAGAGUGGGAGGAGGAGAAGGAAGGGAUGGAAGAGAGACGAUGAGGAAAGUAGUUGUAUUAGAGAAAACUAUGAGCGUGCAUGAGAAUUAUGAGAAACAUCUAGAUACUUGUGCAGUACCUUUAAGGAUAAAGGAGGAGGAGUUAAGGAGUAUACUUAAGAGAGAGGCUUGGGAAAAUGGAAAUCCGGAUUAUUAUGAGGGAUGCGAUUUUUGGUUUGAGCCGGAGCCGGAGGAUGAGGAGGUUCUGUAUGAUGAUGGGUUGGAAGAAAUAGAUGGAAUGGAAGGAUUGGAGAUAGAUGCUUGGAGUGAUGAUGAGGAUACAGAAAUGUGA